AUGGCAAGGCGCCCACGCAUACAAUUCGACCUCUCGCGGUCGAGGAACAGGGCGAGCCAAAGAACAAAUGAAGCAAGCCUGAUAGUGGGAAGGCGGGGGACAGAAAGCGAGUUAGUGUCAGCAACAGAGGCAAAUACGGACAGCCAGAGCGAGCAGAACUCGCAGAGAACACGUUCGACGAGAAAUGGGCCAAUGAGAAUUGUAGGAGGGGACACAGAGUCGCGUAUGGCAUCGAUUGGAAGGUCGAAUGAGGCCGGUAAGGAUGAUACACCCGGUGAAAGCAGUAGUCGGGGUACACCGGGCUGGGCUCGGCUGUCUGUGAGGUUCCAUGAGCCGGGGAAGUGGCCUGAGGAUGUGGUGGUGGACCCCGGAGUGGUGCCAGGUGCAGUUGAGGGCGGGGUUGGGCAGCUGAGGUGCGAGGAGGGCUCAUCGAGGCGUUUGUACUUCAUAUUUAAGAAGUGCCAGCCAGGGGGUGCAGGUAACGCAGGUGCAGCGAAUGCAACACUGGGCAAUGCAGAUGCAGGCAAUGCGGGUGCAGGAAAUGAAGGUGCCGCGAACGCAGCGAGUGCAGGAAUAGGACCAAAGACCAUCUCGGUCAAAUCGGGACCCAUUCAGAAGCUGCUGGACCUUAAGCCGCGAUCCCCAGUGGUGGUAGGCCCAGUAUCGAGGGAGCAGGCAGAGGCAGAUGUGGUGGAAAUCUACAUCCGGGACUUGCACGUGUCGCGGGGCGACAUGUGGAACCUGGCGGGAUUACUGGUGCACGGGUGUGUUUACCGGACGCAGCGGUUGAGCUUUCUGCAAGGGUCGAUCCGCGGGGAUGUGCAGCGGAUGUACCGGCGGGGCAAGAAGGUGUUUUCUGCGUAUGUUGGAGAGUCAACACGGGUGGUUUUCCGGUCGGAAUCGGCCCGACUGGUGGUUUUCAUCCAGAUUUCGCUGGAAAUGUGGCAUUUCGAGGAGAGCGGGCAGCAGAUGUUCUACAAGUUGGUGAACUCGCUUUUCCCGAAGGUGUUCAAGCGAUGGAAGAAGCUUGGAACGCACCACCUGAUCAGCAUAGUGCUUUUCACGAGUGUGGAUCUGGAUGAAGGCCGAAACACAAGGUAUGCGGCUGGAGAAAGACCUCCCAAGAGACAGGACUACUACCGGGUGGUUGUGGACCAGGUGUCGAUCACGCUGUGGAACGAGAUCAUGGCCACGUUGCGGCUUGAAUUUGCCAACUUCAAGCGUGAUAUUUUGCUGGGGCCCAACCGGAAAAUCGACCACGACCACCCUCAACAGUACUUGAUUCGUGGAAACUUCCUUCCGGCCGUCAAGGGCAAUCUUUUGGAGGCCAUCAACCUUGGAAUGAGUCUCGUUUCGGACGAUUUCCGUGACCCGGACCUCCGGCAGACCACCAACCACCUCAUAGUGAUAUCUCCGGGUAACGGACUCUUCGACGUGGACCACGAGAUGCUUGUGGGGACGGGGCGGAUGCUCGCGACGGUCGACUCGACGAUCGACGUCAUCUGCCUCUCCCAGCCGCCGCUCCACGUUGUUCCACUCUUCCGGUACCUGGACUCGAACCACAAGACACAUCACUGCAUUCCGAACUUCAUGGACAUCUCCUUCUGGAGCGACGCGUCGCAGUCCGUCCACCAGUGGCUCCCCCGGUGCAAAAUCUACGAGUUGCAGAUGAUGGGUGUCAUGGAGAACGAGCUCACGUCGGUCAGCAUCCAGGAUCUCAGCCUUGGCCGUUACAGUAGUGCGGUGGAUGCGAUGGGUGGCUACGACUCCGCGGUGUUUCGCCCUGCAGGGGGUGCGGACACAUUCCGUGCUGCAGAUGCACGUCAUCAUGCAGACGCACGUCGUGCACGCACUUCAGAUGCUGCCGAGCCACGCCGCACAGGCCUGCGUUCGGGCCUCCAGGCAUCGCUGCAGGGCAAGCUGCAGGCAAAGGAGAUUCCCUCCGUACAGGCGGCGGCACCCACGACGUCGAGUGCCACUGGAAUCACGACGACCAGCAAGCCGAACAUUUCGGCGUUUUCGUCUCUUCUUUCGAUUUCAAAGAACAACCAACCUCGCUCCGGGCUUCCCCGGGCCCUGGAGUUUGUCAAGCGACUGAUAUCAUCUCCGGGAGGACAGGAUGGAGAUGGAGAGACGAGGGUGAAUGUGCACCCAGGGCAUUUAGAUGCUUCGAGUUCUCAUUCAGGUGAUUUAGGCCCACAUGUUAAUGGCUCAAGCACACACUUAGAUGCCCUAAACCCACACACAGAUACAUUCAGUACACACACAGAUGCCUUAAGUACACACUUAGAUGCCCCAAGCUUGCACUCCAACAUGCACGCCAGCAUGCAUGCUGCAUCACGCUUCAAUGCACAUCCCCUGGCCGGCAUGCACACCCGCGCGGCAAAGCACCCGCAGCAGAAGAAGUGGAACGCGUACUGGACAGUGGUGCAGAACCCCUCGAAUGUGACAACGUCAGAGCUCUUUGGGCUCGUCUCGUACGGCCGGUGGCAGUUUGUGUUUCCGCCAAAUGUCCGGCGAAGAAUUAUCAAGUGGACAUCGUUGGCAACACCGGCAGCGUUGCCAGUCAUGACACCACUCUUCCCCACGAGUGAAGACUUCAACCAGAACUUCACGUUCCGGAUCUACGACGUGCUGCCGAACCCAGGGGGCGUAAACGGCAACACGGGGACCAGUGAGACGCUCAUGCGGUCGAUGAUCUCGCUCAGGGUGUCUCUCGGGUUUCAGAUCUGCGUUGGGGACCGGGUUCGCUGUGUGGAGAACCAGCGGAAGCCAAACGGAGACUCGAAGAUGCUGGUUGAGUACCUGGACGCGGACCACUAUGAGGGCAGCCGAAUAUAUCUGUCGCUGUCGGACGAAAUCCACCGGAUCAGCUGCGACUACAACGGGUUGGUGAACGUGCAGGUGUACCGACGCAUAGCAAGCGGAGGUGCAGCAUCGGCAGACGCAGACUAUGUGGGCCAUAUCCGCACGAGGUACAGCGAGGUGUACCGGCCGGUAACUGUGCACCUGAGCCGCGAGGGGGCCCGCGACUACAACUGGAACCGGCUUGACCAGGUGCUUGCCGGGUACAGCGACUCAGGGGAGGGCCAACCGGACGGCCAGCCGCAGUACCACCGGCUGAAGUUUGCGGUGAUCCCCACAAACCUGCCUGAGAACUCUUUCAAGCUUGCCUCCGAGAGCCUCACACCCGAGGAGAUCCGAUUGGAGGGAAUCCGGUCGCUGGUGGCCACGAUCAACCGAAACAGGCUUCGGACCCCCGAGGAACGCCGGGCCCGGCCCAAGAAGUCCGAGAUUAUGCCCGAGAUCAACUUCUACACGGGGAACCUCUUCUCGUACUUGGACAACCAGGCGAACCUCGAGUUUAGCGGCGGAGUGAGCCCAACGCAGUUGUUCCACGGGCCAGCCUUCGACAAAUCGGUAUCGUUGGCCCGGCUGGCCUCUGCUUUGCAGGCCGAGGGCGGAAUCAAGAUCGCCGACCGCAAGUGGCAUCUUCUGAUGCACUACCACUGCUUCACGGGCACGGAUCUCGUCAGCUGGCUCAUUGAGAACUUCCAGGAUAUCGACGACCGCCAGGGGGCCGUGGAUUACGGCAACACGUUGAUGGAACGGGGGCUUUUCCGGCAUGUGAAGUCCAAGCAUCACUUUUUGGACGGCCACUACUUCUACGAGCUGAACGUGCAGUACUUGGGGGAGGGGAAGGGGGAAAAAGGGCAGAGGGGGAACAUAGAGCAGGAAAAGAACAUAGAGCAGGAAAAGAACGAAGGAGAACAGAAAACCACAGCUUCGUCCACUCCGCCAAAACGAAAAGUCGUGCUUUCAAGAAAAGUCAUCUACAACUUGGACCCGAACCAGGUGUCCUGGCAGCCGGAAAUUAUGAACGUGCACUACGACAUAGUGCACAACCCGGAGCACUGCUUCCACAUCCGGUUGGAGUGGCUCAACACAACGUCUAAGCUCAUCGAGGACACCGUCAGCAGCUGGGCCAAGCACUGCGAGAGAUACGGCUUGGAGUUGGUGGAGGUGCCCUGGGAUGAACUCUGCACUUUGCCGCUUGCCAACCCGCUUCAUUCAACCAUCGACAUCCACCUUGCCCUGGACCCCUGGUCCGAUCACGAGUUCGCAUGCCACACCUCCAUUCUUAACGAAAACAGGUACUUCUACCACCUCUACUUGCUCGAGAGAUGCCACUUCAUGCUCGACAACCGUACCGCGAAUCUUUUCCGCGAUGACCGCUUUGACGUCGUCUACAGUUGGGGAAGACCCCGUUUCAAGUACGCCCAGUUUGUGCACCGGACCGGGGCAUACAUUGCCGAACUCAGGGAGAACGGCAACUUCUUCCUUGCCCCAAACAACCCACACAUCGCACGGGUCAACUUGAGCAUCGGCCAGCUCCAGGGAAACAACAACAGCACCGUCUACUUUGACUCCCAGGGUGUCAUGCUUGAUUUCAGGGCCAUAUGCAGCGACCGGACCAUGCUCCGCGUCAUAUUCCGCGAGGCACUUGCCAAGUUCGAGCGCAGCCGUGAUGUUGAGCUUGCGUUAUUUGAGGAUGAUGAUGAAACGAGUGACACUGAGACUAAGGGUGAAGCAUAG